AUGGUUUCGAAACUACAGUUUGCAUUGGUCGCCAUUGGUUGCCUCUCUUAUUACGUACUAACACCUGUUGAGGGCAAAAACUUUGACCCGCACCAUGUCCGUCCUGAUACUCCCACCGAACAACCACUACCAGACAGUCCUACCUUGCCACUACACUUACAUAAUCCUCACGGACAUCAUAAUGGUCAUAAUGGACAUAAUGGACACAACGGUAACAACGGUCAUCACGGACAAAAUGGGCAGAACGGGCAUCACGGGCAAAAUGGGCAUCAUGGACAAAACGGUCACAAUGGACAUAAUGGUCACAACGGACACAAUGGACACAAUGGACACAAUGGACACAAUGGAAACAAUGGGCAUAAUGGACAUCAUGGUCAUCACUAG